AUGGUGGAUUAUAGCAAAUGGGACGCGUUGGAGAUCAGCGACGACUCCGAUAUCGAGGUCCACCCAAAUGUCGACAAACGGUCCUUCAUUCGGGCAAAACAGAGCCAGAUACAUAUGGAGCGGCAGCAACGAAAACGGCAGAUUCAGGCUUUAAAGCAUGAGCGCAUCAUCAAUGAUACCCUGAUACAACGUCUGGGCGUCCUGACAGCCACCCUACAGGCGCGGGACGCCGGCUCUAUCGAUAGUAAAUCGAACCCAGCCGACAUUGCGUUCCAGGUUGUCAUGGAUUUGGCGUCGACCAAACCUGCGGAAGAUAAUCCCCCACCACGACCAGAAGGCGUGUUCGAUAGCAACUUGCCGCCUCUUCCGACUUACUCGAAGAUACUCGCGACCAUUCUUGAUGAGGUGAAUAAAACUCUAGACGAGAAGGGGACAGAGAAGGGCCAACGCCACGAAGUCUUUGUUCAGGAGCUCGGUGUGCAUCUUCAGAAGAUCCAAGACCUUCAGGCAGAACUCGCCAGCAACCUCGAUACACUUGAGCAACAGGACUUCAACAAGAUCACCAGCGAAAGCUACCACGUCGGAUUCGAUAGUUCGCACGUCAGUAGGACCAAACCAGGAGAGACAUCCAAACAGGAGACCAAAUCAGAAGAGACAUCAAAACAGGAGAUCAAAGUGGAGCUGCUCAACCCGAACCAUGGCCUAGAUGAGACCAAUCAGCUGUCUCUAGUGGCCAAGCGUUUCGCACAGAUCCCAGUCUCUGACUACCGUGCCAGUCAUGACCAUCUCCAGUCGUACCCAGAGCUUCUCCAGGACGGGUCGGACACUGACAGGUUGUUUAUUGAAGCCUAUUACAUAAUGCUGGAUCAAAACGACGAGAAACGGGCCUGGCAGUAUAUACAUCAAGCUGUAUUGCUGCAAUACUGCCAUACACUCGGGCGCGACGGUGUUGCGCUGUUCUUUAAACGCAUUACAACGCCGGGCCAUCAGGCACGGGAGAUCUUCGAGAAGGACGUCGCCGAGAGGUUUCAAAAAAUCCGCUCUAUGGCAAAGCGGGACUCCAAGGAGAAGGGUGUUGAGCAGAUUCAGUUGUGUCCAGCAGGCGACGAUAGUUCAAUUCGGAUCCAGGUUCCACCGGCCGAGAGCGGAGAGGACGAAAAAGGAAGAAAUGCUAGGAAGAUCUUUGAGCAAUUCUCUCCCGAGAUGAGGGCAGCGCUAGAGAGCGCAUCGUUGGACGAGGUCAACAAAGUCCUGGCCGAAAUGGCAGUUCCGGAAGCCGAGAAAAUGGUUAGCCUUCUUGAUGAGGCUGGUUGCCUAAGCAUUGAAGAAGGGAUCAUCGAUGCCACAACGGAAGAAGGAAAAAGGCACUUACAGGAGAUGGAAAAGGCUGCUGUAGCAGAUGCGGCCACUCCUGAGCCCAAGUAA